AUGUCUUCAAUUCGUGUGGUUUGUAGGUUCAGGCCACAGAAUAAGAUUGAGUUGGCUCAAGGAGGUUGCUCAAUCGUCGAAGUUAAUGAUGGUCUAACUGUAAACAUAAAGGGCAAUGAAGGAGCCAAUCAUUCAUUCACAUUCGAUAGGAUAUAUACAGAGAAGAACUCACAGAAGGAUGUAUAUGACGAUGCUGCCAAGCCUGUCAUUGAGGAUAUCAUGCAGGGUUAUAAUGGAACGAUAUUUGUGUAUGGCCAGACAUCGUCUGGUAAGACACAUACCAUGCAAGGUCCAUCGAUUGACGAUCCAGAGCUCAAGGGUGUGAUCCCUCGUAUGAUCAACACUGUAUUCGAUUGUAUCAAGAAGGCCGAUGAGAACAUUGAGUUCAUUGUCAAGGCAUCCUACAUCGAGAUCUACAUGGAGAAGAUUCGCGACUUGCUCGACAUUCGCAAGGACAAUCUCAAAGUGCGCGAGGAGAAGGCCAAGGGUGUCUGGGUCGAGGGCACCACCGAGGUCUACAUCUAUCGCGAAGACGACAUCCUCGAAGUCAUGAGAACAGGUCAGGCCAACCGUGCCAUUGCCUCAACAAACAUGAACGCCGAGUCAUCUAGAAGUCACAGCAUAUUCAUCUUGUCGAUUCAACAGAAGAACUUGAAGGAGGGAUCGUUGAAGAAUGGCAAGCUGUACUUGGUGGAUUUGGCAGGCUCAGAGAAGGUGGCCAAGACCGGCGCACAGGGUCUGACAUUGGACGAAGCAAAGAUGAUCAACAAGUCAUUGUCAUCACUGGGCAAUGUGAUCAAUGCUCUAACAGAUGGCAAGUCGGCACAUAUCCCCUAUCGUGAUUCCAAGCUCACCAGAGUGUUGCAAGAGUCACUCGGUGGUAACUCGCGAACAACACUCAUUAUAAACUGCUCGCCCAGCAGCUACAACGAGGUGGAGACCAUCUCAACACUGCGCUUUGGUAGUCGUGCCAAGAACAUCAAGAACAAGGCCAAGAUCAAUCAGGAGCGCAGUGCUGCCGAACUCAAAAUCCUGCUGUCCAAGGCCGAGAAGGAGAUCGAGAGUCUCAAGGUCUACAUCAAGGAGAUCGAGUCAGUCUCUGGCGUUGCCUCGUCGAGGCCUGGAGCAAGUGGAAGUGCAGGCUCUGGUGAUAGUGGAGACCUGCAGACAUUGAAGGAGAAGUGCAUUGCGUUGGAGAAACAGUUGUUCCAGAAGGAGGAGGAGAAGAAGGAGUUGGCAGAGCAACUCGACUCACAAAUAAUCCAACUCAAAGACAAGGAACAAGAGUUGGAAACACACAUCCAUCAUAUCGCCACACUCAAAGAAGAGUCAGCAAGGACAUCACAGUUUGUUAAUGAGAGCGAUUUCUUGUUGGGACAGCUAUCAGAGAUGAAGAUACAGUUGGAGCAGGUGAACUAUGACGCGACUGAACAGUCGUUGUUGAUUGAAGAGUUGACCACGGAGAACACAACGCUGAAAGCACAGUUGGAAGAGGCAGCUAAGGGCCAGAGUAGCACGGUGGUAACAUCAAGUCCAAUGACAGUGGAGGACGCAUCAUUGUCCGUGACCAAACACAAUGAGGAGUGGACAGAGAUGGAAGCUCAGAUCAAGAUGUUGCAGCGAACAAAGCUGUCGGCUGGCACACCAGCUUCGCCACGUGGCAGUCUUUCAGCUCCAGCAGUCAACCUCGCACUCCAAGAGGAGAACAACGGCAUGAAGGAUAAGAUUACCGACUUGGAGUCGACUGUUGAGUCCCUCAAGGCGCAACUCGAAGCGGCAACAGCCGCUGCUGCAGCAGCCACAGCUGUGGCUGUCAGACAAUCAACAGAGGAACACGCCUCUGCUAAACAGGAGAGCGACAAACCAGAGAAUGCUUCUGAGAACCUGGACCAAUCAGAGACGACCAACAGUGCAUCGAUGGAGGAGACACCCUCAGAGGUUAUGCUGCAGGCCGAACAGAUGAAGAAGUUGCUGAACGAGAAUGGCGACAUGAAGGCCGCGCUGGAGAACUUGAGAAGCGAGAACAAGAGACUAAAUGCCAAGACGAGCAGUAUCGAGCAGGAGAUGAAGGCGAGAAUGGAGGAGGAUCUGAACACUAUACGCGAGCAGACGAGCCAGAAGCUGAAGGCUUUUGGUGUGAUGAAGGAGGCCCUGCUCAGCGACCUGGAGGCGCGCUGCCAGCAGGUGAUCGACUAUGACUUUUUGCUGGCCGAGUUCAAGGACAGGAACGCCACGCUGUCCGAGCGUCUGAAGCGUGCAGCCAAGAUGAACGCCGACGACCAGGAUGCCAACUCGGUGCAGUCCAAGCUGGACGAGAUGACUUCGAUCAAGCAACAACUGUCGAUCGAGAUCAGCAAGCUGAGGCUGGACGCACAGCGUGCUAGCAAGCAGAUGUCGCUCAAGACCGAGCACAUUCUCAGUUUGGAGAACGCUUUGCAAGAGACACAGGCGCAACUGAACAAGCAGAGUGUAGAGCUGCUCAGGUACAAGACGAUGAGCACCGAGCACAAGAAGUCCGCACCAGAGUCUGGCGCGAGGAUUGUACGACCAAUCAGAGGAGGCACAUCCUCAUCAGGCAACACUACCACUCCCAUCGCGUCCGAACAGACACCGGUCAAGUUAAUGGGCGGCUCUAGCACAAGUGCGCCUACAUAUUCGACGCCAAAGUCUUCGUCAUCACUGACGACGUCAUCAGCGCACAAUGGCUCACCAUCCAUGUCCUCCAGCACUACUGGCUCACCAUCGACACCUCCAACACACAGCGCAAACAAGGCACCCGCUGUUGCUGCCGCCAACAGCGAGUCCACUGGUCUAUGGGGCGGAAUAUUUGGCAAGAAGAAACAAACAACACCAGCCCCUACUACGACCGCCAACAACAACAUUGUAAACACACCAUCGACACCACCUCCCAUUCCAAUAUCUCUCAACUCUUAUGCGCCAGCUGUGCCCAACUCACCGGCCACAUCAUCAUCGCAACAACAAUAG